AUGGAUCCUAGGGGUAAUGAUGUAGAUAUUGGAGAAGGAACUUAUGACUCAGAAGCAUCUAGUGAGGAGGACUUUGAUACUUCCACGAUGCUGAGGGGUAUAGCCCGUCAAGUUAGGGCAGAUACUUCCACGAUGCUGAGGGGUAUAGCCCAUCAGUUCCAAAACUUCUUGGACUUGGUAGAUAAGGCCUCGAUACUAGAGAAGAGCUUGCAGGGCAGUACAGAGCCGUUAGAGCAAAGAAAGAGGCCUGCACCUCCCAAUUUUCAAGCUGAGGCUAGUCAGGGAUCGUGGAAGAGAGGAAGGGAUACUGUGGGCUCGAGAUGUAAUAUGAGACAUAGGAGUGACUAUCGAAUUGGGGGUCCCAGCUACUAUAGGUGCGUUUUAUUUUUAUUGCCUGUUAGAAAAUUUUCUAUUCUCACACUGACAAGGGAGCUUCUUGAUUUCCAUUUUGCCAUCUUUGCUACUGCAGAGGAUUGGAAGGGCUUCCGCCUCGAAAGUAGGAAGUCACUUCUAAAUACUUACGUUCAUGAUUCGGACUCUGACCCUCUUUGGCAUGUGCUGAUAGGCUUGACUACUUCGGCCUUCUUGCCUCCAGUAUGCUUGAAGCAUCUGCAGCUGCAACGGCCUCCCCAGGAUUUGCCGAAAUAUUCCUUCUCUGUCUUGAUGAUCUCCCAUUGCCAAUCCGCACAUUAUUAUUACUGCCUUGUUGAAACCCCUGAAUCAGGCGUUGCUGGCUGCUUCCUCCUGGCCCGUUGGUUGCAGCAGCAACCGAGAGGUGUUGACCCGCUGGUGCUGCUGGCAUUUGUAGCUGAACAGAAGCAUAUAUAGGUGGGUUAAAGGCUAACCCUUCAUUAAUUAUAUUCAAAGAAGCUCUUCUGUCUGUGAUGGAUAUAUCGUAUUGUUGUGAUGGUAAUACUUGGCUUCUAUGAGUUUCCAUUAAUGAGUCUGUUAUUGCACAAUCAGCAGUUUGCAUUUGACUCGACACAAAUGAUGUUUCUUCUGUACCAUAUGGUGUAGCAUAGAAGUAGUCAUCCCAGUCUACUUCACCUUGGCUCAUUUUCUCAUCACAUAAAAUAUAUACCUAAACUGCUGAUGGUGGUGGUGUUUGUAGCAGUAGCCCUCUUCACUCCUGAACACAAGAAUUCUGAAGUGAAGGCCUAUCUCUUACCUGUUCUGUCACGUAAUAUGCAGGAAAAUUUUUCUUCUUGGAUCUGGUAGGUACUUGUAUAAAGACAAUGAAUGAGAGACACAAAUACAUGUGUAUACAUAAAAUAAUAACACAUUAUAAAUAUGGAAGGAAAUUAAGGGAGUUGAUAUUUUUCAUGCAA